CAGGGCGGGCACUUGACAGGAAGGAGGAAGGCCAGGCCUGUGUAGCGCUCUGGAGCAAGAGUUGGCUUUCUGCAGUGGCCACAAUGGCCCCUCACUGCCAGGGCACAGAGCUCGAACCCAGGACCACCAGCCCAGGGAUGGCCCCACCCACAAUGCACUGGGACCUCCCUCAUCAAUUACUGAUUAAGAAAAUGCCCUGCAGGCCCAUCUAUGUCCUGAUCUUGUAUCUUAGCUGGGUCUCCAGAGUUGAAGUGAAUCACGCGGCCGUGCUGAGGCGGGCUGAGCAGUUGCAGGCCCGCAGAAGCGUGAAGAAGGAGUGGCAAGCUGCGUGGCUCCUGAAAGCUGUGACGUUUAUAGACCUUACCACGCUUUCCGGCGACGACACAUUUUCCAAUGUGCAGCGGCUCUGUUAUAAAGCCAGAUAUCCAAUCCGGGCAGACCUCUUAAAGGCUUUAAAUAUGGACGACCAAGGCAUCACCACAGCUGCAGUCUGUGUUUAUCCUGCCCGGGUAUGCGAUGCUGUGAAGGCACUGAAGGCGGCAGGCUGCAGUAUCCCUGUGGCGUCAGUGGCCACUGGCUUUCCAGCCGGACAGACUCAUCUGAAGACUCGCCUGGAAGAGGUCAGGCUGGCGGUGGAGGAUGGCGCUACUGAAAUCGAUGUGGUCAUUAACAGGACCUUGGUGCUGACGGGCCAGUGGGAAGCCCUCUACGAUGAGAUCACUCAGUUUCGAAAGGCCUGCGGGGAGGCUCAUCUCAAAACCAUCUUAGCGACCGGCGAACUCGGCUCUCUCACCAAUGUCUACAAAGCCAGCCUGGUAGCCAUGAUGGCAGGAUCAGAUUUUAUUAAGACCUCUACUGGAAAAGAAACAGUAAAUGCCACCUUCCCAGUAGCCAUCGUAAUGCUGCGGGCCAUUAGAGAUUUCUUCUGGAAAACUGGAAACAAGGUAGGGUUUAAGCCUGCAGGAGGCAUCCGCACUGCAAAGGAGUCCCUUGCGUGGCUCUCUCUGGUAAAGGAGGAGCUAGGGGACGAGUGGCUGACGCCUGACCUCUUCCGGAUAGGAGCCAGCUCUCUGCUUUUAGACAUCGAGAGAGAGAUUUACCAUCACGUGACUGGACGUUCCGCAGCUUCUCAUGAUCUUCCAAUGUCUUAGGUCAGCAGCCAGCCCAGAAAAGCAUCUUGCAACAAAUUAAAAAAAAACUGUUUUUGUAUAAUUGCUAAGGUUAUGUAAUUUCAGAACAGUCAACUGACUUUUCCCCAUUAAAAUCUCCCCUGAAAUCAACUCAAAACAAUAAAGGAAACAAACCAGUUGAGUCUAAAUAUGGAUUCAGAUCAAGAAAGGUUGAAAUGGUUUUCAUUACCCGGAGGUCUGUAUUUAUUAAUUUUGUGAAGAUUUCCUCUGAAAAACUCAGAAUAAAAUGUUUCUAAUAGCCUGUACUGCAGAAAAUUCUGAAGGGGCAAUGAAGGGAAACUGCCUGAGACCUGAGAUUCUAGGGCAGGCGGGGCCUUGGAGGGAAGGGUGCUUAGUACCAAUCCUGGCAGACCUGUUCAACUCUGAGGAACUACAGGGUAAACGGGAGAGCCGACCCCAAAGGCUGUACUCUGGCACCCACACAUCUAUGUCCCCUACGUCUGACACAUAAUACAGAAAUUUAAAAAAUGUGAUAAAAAUGAAAAUGGGUGCUAUAGCAAAGGGAUGCUCUGCCCCCCUGUGCGGGUUCCCAGUGUGGAGCCCCGCCCCCUUGUGCUGCCUCCCAAUGUGGAGUCCCGUCCCUGCUACUGCCCAGUGUGGAGCCCCGCCCCCCUGUGCUGCCUCCCAAUGUGGAGCCCCGCCCCCUGUUACUACCCAGUGUGGAGCCCCGCCCCCCUGUGCUGCCUCCUGAUAUGGAGCCUGCAACCCUGUGCAGCCUCCCAGUGCGGAGCCCUACCCGCCUGCGCUGCCUCCCUGCCCUGGGACCUGAUUCUCUGUGCUAUACUGAACACUUUCAUUUUUUUUGCCAAUGAGAUUAUGAUGUUGUUGCAAGAAAAUGUGAAUAUCCCUGAAUUUUUAAAUAUAAAAAUCUCUGUGCUUAUUUA